AUGGCAGCCGCUGAUAUCACCGCGAUGCCCCGUGAUGCCGCGUUCGUCAAGUCGCCUGACCAUAGCAACAGAGACGAACCCGAGAUACCCCUAGACUAUGAUCCAGAACAUCGAGUCGAGCCUGUGCCAAAGUCGGGAUUCCCUCACCACCUCUAUCCGCGAUGGAUCGGACAGAAGUUCACCCCCAACGGCGCAGUGCUUCCUUACCCUGGCAAUACAAUUGUCUGCCACCUCCCCGAAAAUAGCCCUCUUCGACCAAGACUGCUAGACCUCUACCAUGAUAUUCAGCAGCAAGAAUUCUCUUCCCUUUUCACCCUGCUUCCACCAAGCAGCUGGCACAUGACAGUCUAUGAGGGUGUGACGGACCAGAUUCGCACUCGAAGCUGCUGGCCCGGCGAACUGCCACUGGACUCUACACUCCGGCAGUGCCACGCUCAUACUGCCUCGAGGCUUGCGGACUUCGACGCUGGGCUGGGGACACCCUUCGUGAUGAAGAUUGUAAGCUUUGAGGAGCUUGACGAUGGCAUCGCUCUGAAGCUUGCGGCUUCCACUCCAGAGACAGAUACUAAUUUGCGCGGGCUCCGCGAUCGUCUGUCCCACACGCUCAAAAUGCGCCACCCCGGCCAUGAGACUUAUUCAUUCCACCUUAGCAUAGCGUACACCCUGCGACACCUGAUGGAAAAGGAGCGAGCUCGAAUAUGGGCUUAUCUGCAAGCCUGGCAGGCGAAAUCACAGAUGUAUUUCGACUUGGGAAGUCCCGAGUAUUGUGUGUACGAUGACAUGUUCGGCUUCCGGAGGAUGUUCUUGCUAGAGGGCUAG